AUGGCAACGUUAUUUGAAAAUUAUGCAGUUAAUGUGGUGGUGAAUAAUGGUCGUUGUCAUAUUGAAUUGCAAAUCUACGAUACAGCAGGUAAGAAUCAAGACCUUGACAAUAUCCGACAGAUAGAAUACCCAGCGACGGACGUUAUACUUGUAUGUUUUUCUGUUGUUUCUCCAUCAUCGUUUGAGAGUGUAAAAUACAAGUGGAUUCCAGAAAUAAAAAAACAUUGUCCAAGAACCCAUUUUAUGUUGGUCGGAACUCAAGUCGAAUUACGCGAGGAUGCGGCUACCGUGGAGAAACUGCAGCAGAAUAAAAUGAAACCAAUCACAGCGGAAGAGGCAAAGGCACUAGCUGAGGCCUCCCAUGCUUACAAAUAUGUAGAAUGUUCAGUUUCCACACAGGAAGGUGUGAAGAAUGUUUUUGAUGAAGCUGCUUUGUCUGCAUUCGAAGCACUACCACCGUUACCAGAAAAUAAAUGUGAAGUCAUGACAUCUGACGAAAGAAAUGAUGAUGUUCUCGAGCGUCUCAGAGGAGUGGAAAGAACAAUAGCAAGUUCAUCAGAGAUAUGUUGCUCUUUUAAGUCAACCAGUGAUCACCCGGAGAAUACAGUGUUGUACCAUAGAAGCAUGCAAGCUACACGAUUAUACAAACAAGACAAAUUAUUAUGCAAAGUUGCAAGAAAGGACAGAGAAUUCAACCGAAGACAAGCUGCAAAAGCCAGGGGCGAUGAGGAUAUGUUACUUCGCAUUGGUCCAGAAGAUGGUCCUGAUCUUGUUGCCCAAGAUGUAGUAAAUCAUACCUACCACACAUUAAUACACGAAGGAGAUGAUAAUGUUAACAUAAAUGCUGAGACGAUUGAUGGACAAAACACUUUCCACUCUAUGGAAAGGGUUAUCUUUCCGCAACAGAAUGACAGCUCUACCAGCAACAUUCCAAGAGUAAAGCGUGGUGAUAACAAAUCACUUAUUCUAACAGAAGCAGGAAACUCAUUGACUGAAUGCAGAUACUUCAAAAAGCCAACCUGUACCUCCAAGAUUAGAAAGACAUUUGGAAGUGCUGAAAUCAUCUCUAGUAAUGGUAAGUUGAUUAUUAACUAA